CGCAUUUUGUUUCAGAUUUUUAACAAUGUCGUUAUUUCGAAAUGUUGUUUGGUUUAUGAAGGGGUCGAAGGAGUACACUUCAGGUGGUUACGCAGCUGCAGCGAAGCAUUUCAAGGCAGACGAUCUCGAUGUUAAGUGUGAUGGGAAAUCUUUUAUGAUUACAGGUGCUAACAGUGGUAUUGGAAAAGAGACUGCCCUUGAGAUUGCUAAGCGAGGAGGGACUGUUCAUUUAGUCUGCAGGAAUCCACAGUAUGGGGAAGCAGCAAAAGCUGAGAUUAUGGAGGCCACGGGCUCAUCCAACGUUCAUCUGCAUAUUCUUGAUAUGUCUCAACCCAAGAGUGUUCAUGCGUUUACAAGGAAGUUUGGAGAGGAGAAUGAAAAAUUGGAUGUACUGAUCAACAAUGCAGGGUGUAUGGUGAACACUAGAGAACUGCAAGAAGACGGAUUAGAGAAGAACUUUGCUACAAACACUCUUGGAACUCAUAUUAUAACUGUAGGUUUGAUUGAUCUGUUGAAGAAGAGUUCAGAUCCUAGAGUCGUCAUUGUAUCAUCAGGUAAUUUCCACACUAAGAUGGGAGACAAGCUGCGUACAGUGGGCCAAGGAGCAGAUACGAUGUUAUGGUUGGCAGUUGUCGACUCACUCAAGGAGAAACAACCCAGCGGACAGUUUUGGCAAGAUAGAGUUCCAGUGGCUAAACAUCUUCCCUUGGCCUGGACCAAGUCUUCGGCUGAAGAAGAGAAGAAACUGAUGGAGUCCUUGGACACUUUAACAGAGCAGUUCAAAUAGGAGUCCUUGGACGCUUUUACAGAGCAGUUCAAAUAGAAGUCCUUUUUUGUACUGUUGACUAUUGAUUGAAUU